GCUGCUCUCGACUUGGGAAGAAAGCCGUGCCUGUGAGUUGAGUAAUACCGGUAUAUGGUCCAUCCAGCACAUGGCACUCUUAUUGAGUUUGCUCUGCUAGCUCCCUCUAACAUACAAUUAUUCAGGUUGUACAUCAUUGUAUAAUGAUACCAUGGGAUUAAGACAGAGCAAAUCUAAAACCAAUUCUACCAAGUCUGCAAAAUACAUGUCAUCUAGUCCUGAGCCAGCAUCAGAUGGAGUGAAACGCUAUGAUCCCAUUCACACGGAUGCGGUCUUGUCAGUUGGUCGCCUUGGCAACAAUCAGUUCUUGUCAGCUGGAGCAGAUCAGACCAUUGUAUCCUACAACUGGCAAGAAGGGAGACCAUUGCAGAAAUGGACAGGGCAUAGCAGAGAUGUGACGAAGGUUACUUAUUCUCCGACCUUGGGUCAUGUAUUCAGUGGAUCAAGGGACAAGACUGCCAAGAUGUGGGCUGUAGAGGGCGCCACAGGCACCAUGGUCAAGGAGGCUGUUCUUUCAUUUGUGGGCCAUAAUCUAGUGGUCAACGGGCUUGCUGUAGUGGAUGUGUCAAGAAGAUUGUGCACAGGAGGGAGGGAUAACUCGGUCAGAUUGUGGGACACAGAGACUGGUGGGUGCAUCAAAGAGGUCACAACCUCACGCAAUCUAGUAACACACAUGGUGACAAUACCCAGAACAGAGAUGGUCAUACAGUCCAGUGAAGACAAGUCAAUCAGAAUGUGGGACACAAGAACACUUGAGGAGAGUGGUGUUACCAACAAGAAGAGCUAUAUACAGACAUGUUGUGAUGUCAGUUCGGAUGGAAACUACUGCCUUUCUUGCAGCAACGGCUUCAGUGGCCAAGGCUGCGAAGCUUCGAUCUGGGACUUGAGAAACUUGAAAGAUCCUGUUCGAGAGUUCAAAGGUCACACGCAGACGGCCAGCGGUUGCUGCUUCAUACCACAUUCUCAUGGUUCCAAUCCAGUGUUUGUCACAUGUUCACACGAUCAGACAGUCAAACUCUGGGAUCAAGCUUCGGGAAAUUGUUUGUGUACAGUGACAUUGUCUGGAUCCAAACAGCUCACAUCCGUAACAGCCAAUGCAGACCAAAGUAUCUGUGUCGGGAGCUUUGAAACGGGAGUUCAUGUGCUAUCUGUCAGCCGGGACAGCAGUGGAUUGUGGGAUAUGAAGCCCGUAGCACAGUACUGAAAUCAUUCACUGCACUUUGAAAGUGGAGUCACAGGAUCAACGGUUUGUAGAGUAGCCUGCGAACAAUUAAUGUAGACCUGGGUCCCGUAACACAAAGGUUAGCAAUUAAUCAAUCGCUCAGUUUUUACGAUCGAUUGUACGUUGUAGUACAUGGAAUCAAUCGUACAAAAAUGUUUUACGAUCAUUGCUAAGCUUUGUGUUACGGGCCACUGGAGUGGGUGAUGUUAUUUAUGAAGGUAUGAGAUGUCCUCUUGUACAGAUUAUCCACUGUUUAAAUAGUGUAUAGCGUCUGGUAUGGAGAGACUACUCUCAUGAGCUGCGAAACAUUGAGCACAGCAAGAUGUCCUUUUGCAUCUUGUUUGAAUUUCUAUACCAAUGUGGGAAAAGCCAACCAGGGGCUAUUUAUCAUGGCUGCGCCACUCAAACAAUCGACAAUGUAGAGCAGAGCACUAGUACCCAUUGUUUUGAUUGGUCAAUUGUCCCAGUACAGAGUGAUGAAUAUUCAUGUACCCUGCCAAUGAGGAUCAGAGGCUCACAAGACGGCCUGUGAGUAUGUAUUCCUUGUCAACCAUUUAGGAUUAUUGCUGUGUAAAGGUUGAAAACAUAAUUAUGUCCGUGGAGCCUUGUCACAAGUCUAGGUGUGAGACGGCACGUGGAAAGACUGUUGAAUCUUGUUGCACAGUACAAACAAAGAAAUUGUAGAGUAACCUGUGGAAAAACAUUGUAGAUCUGGAGUGAGUGAUUUCAGGCCACCAUGAAGAUGAUGUUUAUCAUUGCCAUUCGCAAGCUCUCAAACCUUUCAACCACCAGGCUCACUUUGCUUUGAGAUCUUAUUUUUUUUAUUUUUUACCAGCAAGACUGCCACUGUGAUAAGCUUGUACAUGUAUGUCUUUUUUUGCCUUGAUCAUGAACAGCAAGUGCUUAUACAUAUAUUUUUGUGCAGACUUGUAGGAUUUAUUUAUCAAUGUAUUCAAAAUUCACCUUGAAAUCAUUUUCAUUCAAAAUUAGUGAAGUGUAAUGUGUAUUCAACUUUUUAAUGUAAAUAGCAUAAUUAAUAAGAUAUAAAUCUUGGUGCCAAGUGUCAUCUUGUGAAUGAAUGAAGUCUUAAUUUUUAUCAUUGUUAUGUUGGUAUCGUAACUUCAAUGUCAUUGAAUUAUCACACGUAUGUCAUUUCUCUCAGUAAACACAUAAGACCAGUGGCUAUGUGUCCUAUCCAUAGGACAAGACCAGUGCUUUAGCAAAGGGCGCUUUCCUCUAGAAAUUGGCUAUUAAGUUUUAUAUUCCAAUUACAGUAUCGUUAAAUAAUAAUAAUAAUCCGUUUUAUAUAGCGCUUAAUACAUCGAAACGACGUGUCUAAGCGCUUUACAAAUAUAUUAUUACCCCGGUCAUCGGAUUCAAUCAGUCACUCCCGCACACAAUGUGUUCACAUCCUCCACUCCCUGGGGAGUAUUCAGGUCAGUCGCCGAUGAGGCGCACACAGUACUGGACAAGCUACAAUGACUUUCACAUCCUACCGGGUACCCAUUUAGCACCUGGGUCGAGAGUGGCAAAGUGUGGAUUAACGCCUUGCCAAAGGACGCCAGACCGCAGUGGGAUUCGAACACACGACCCUCUGUUUACAAGGCGAGAGUCAGAACCACUACACCCCGGCUCCUCCUUCCCUAAAUGGGAAUCCAAUCCACAUGUACAAGUUAAUAUGAAUUUAUAUUGGUUUUCUUUUAGUUGAGUAGUGAUGUAAAUUAACAUACAUCAUACAUGUAAUAAAAUCAUUUAAUUAUUGCUUGUUCCCUAGUAUGUUAAAAUCAGUGGAUAUUUUGCAGUCAACAGAACAUGACACUUUGUGACAAUGAAUGCACAAGAAAUCUUGAUUCAUUAAUUGUUUACUCAAGAUUGUGACCCGUCAUUGUAUUAUUAUUUUUUCUUUGUAUAUGAAGGAAGUGUUAGAAUUUAGACAUUAUUAAUUAAAUCACCUUGAGUAUGUUCUAUUAGAAGUAAGUGCAAUAUAAUUAUAACUACAUGUAUAUUAUCUUCUUUGGUGAGAAUGUGGAUGAAAUUUAUAAUUGGUCCAACAUAAUAAUAAUGAUAGCUGGAUUUAUAAAGCGCUUUUUGCCAGAGGAUACAAAGCGCUGCUAUCAUUACCCCGGCCUUAGCUCGAGCUACCAUCACCCGCGCUCAGUGCAUGCAAGGAAUUAAUCCUGCCGGGUACCCAUUAACCUCACCUGGGUCGAGUGCAGCAUUCCACAUCAUUCAGUAAGAUUGUAAAUGGAUAUUAUCACUUUUCAUUUCUUAUGUGCUUUAUAUACUGGACAUAAAAUUUAGAUCAUAAUCUGAAAUUGUUUCAGCUGAGCAUAAAAUUAAGUGAGCUAUGGUAUUCUUAAAUGUGUUUAUCAAAAUUGAAUGAAUUUUUCCUCCGAGGCACAUAAUCGUCAGUUUUCAUGGCGAAUCAGGCAUUAUUUGGUUAUCCAUCAUCCAGAGUAGAACAUAUUUUUGACCAGCAUAUGUUAAAGGUAAUGCCAAUGGAAUUUGCUGUAUAGUUAAAGAGAAAUUCCAGUAGUUGCAGUAAACACUGAUUAAUUUCAUGAGAAAGUCUGUAAAACCAGGCUUAAUUGUCAGUAUAUCAUCGAGGAUCUAGAUCUGGUACAGUUACAUACACUGAACUUUGUGAAAUCUUGAAAUCUACACUGAAAAUGUUCAGACUGAACUUCCCCAACACAGAUAAGCGCACGUGGGACUGUGUAUAAUUAUUGCUUUGAGCGUCGGGCCCGACGCUCUCCCCGAAUCCUGUGCUUAUUUGCUGAUUUCUCAGCAAUUACACAAUUUCUUCCAGAAUCCUUUGGCACAUGCGUUUUAUUUAUACAAACAGACACUUUGGUGGUCAUUUCAUUGGAUUCUGUACGAACUCAUUUUGAUAUCGUUACCAAAACUAGCAUUUACCUUUAAGUCGUUACCCGAGUCUAAAGCAGUCUUUGAAUGUCUUGCUGGUUCACGAAGUUUGCUUUCCUCCACAUAAAUCCUUAAUACAGGGAUUUUUCAAUGCUUUUUCUGGGGUCAGCCAAUGACAAGACCACUAUCCAUUAAACCUGACAACCUUAUGAUGAUAUGACUCAAAAACAAUGAACAAAAAAAUGUUUGCUGAUUUCAUAAUGGUACUCGAGUCAUAAGAUCAAUAUGAGUUAAAGCCUGCAUGUAUCUUUUGUUUUGGUAAAUUCCCCCAAGUGCACAUCACUAUGGGCAGCCAAAAAGGGCCAAAAU